AUGGCGGGCGCUGCGAGCGAAGCUCGGUUUGCCGGGUUGUCGCUGGUGCAGCUCAACGAGCUGUUGGAGGACGAGGGGCAGCUGACAGAGAUGGUGCAGAAGAUGGAGGAGACACAGAACGUUCAGCUCAACAAGGAGAUGACGCUGGCCAGCAACCGGAGCCUGGCAGAAGGAAACCUCCUCUACCAGCCCCAGCUGGACUCUCGGAAGGCUCAUUUGACCCAGAAAUACCAAGAACUCCAGGUGCUCUUUGAAGCCUAUCAGAUAAAGAAGACCAAGCUAGAUAAACAGUCCAGCAGCGCUUCCUUGGAGACCCUCUUAGCGCUCCUGCAGGCGGAAGGGGCCAAGAUUGAGGAAGACACUGAGAACAUGGCCGAGAAGUUUCUCGCUGGAGAGCUCCCUCUGGACUCCUUCAUCGACGUCUACCAGAGCAAGCGGAAACUAGCCCACAUGCGGAGGGUCAAAAUCGAGAAGCUCCAGGAGAUGGUGCUGAAGGGGCAGAGACUGCCGCAGGCCCCUGCGCCUGCCCCACUGCCACCCAGGGUGCCUGAGCCCGCCCCCGCCGCCCCCCUGCCCUACCCUGCCCCGGAGGCCAGCGGGCCCCCCUCCGUAGUGCCUCGGCGCAUCCCGCCCCCGCCGCCCCCGGCGCCUGCAGGACGCUUAGCCACGCCGUUCACCGCCGCCAUGGGCUCAGGACAGGCCCUCCCGUACCCAGCCGUGCAGUGCCCACCCCUGCCCCCCCGAGGGGGCCUCCCCACCCAGCAGGGCUUCUCCGCGCAGCAGUUUGUGUCAUCACCGUACCCGCCAGCGCUGCCCCAGAGACCCCCGCCCCGGCUGCCCCACCAGCCCGGCUUCAUCCUCCAGUGA